AAAUGCGUCGAAAGUAAUUUAGCCUUUCCGAAGUUGCAAAGCAUUCUCCGUAAGAAACGCAUCGCUCUGACCAACUUAUUAUCCUCAGAAAUGAAACACAAACGCUCAGCGAAAAAGAAGGCUCGAUUUGGUCAUCAAAUCGCUCGAAUUGAUGCGGACGACGAGGAGGCAUCCACUGCACGAUGCCAUCGACGCCGCCCGGUGGGACGCCGAGCCUCCCCUCGGCCGCCUCGUCGUGGUCGCCCACGCCGCCUUCCUCCACGCCGGCUUCGUCCCCUACAGCGCCGGCGGCAGCUCGUCAGCGUCUCGUCGUCCACUCCCGGAUGAGAUCGGCGCGGUGGCUUCGUCGCUCUCGCUCCGCUACACCGUCCCGGAGCUCCUGCGACGGACGACGACGCAAAGGCGCCGUAGCCGCGCCGAGACCGCCGUGCUGAGGCUAUGCGCGCACGGCGACCACGUCGUGUUCUACGGGUACCUCACCGGCGACGCCAAUCAGGUCCAGAGACUCCAGACAACCAGGCACUGGGCGUGCAUCGACGCGCUAAGCGUCGCGUCCGUCCUCCUCUCCGGCGACCUUGAUGCGACGGCGCACGCGCUGGCCGACGACGGCGCCGGCCUCUGGAAGAAGCUCGCCGGCGGGCUGGCCCGGCGACUCUUCGUGGACAUGUGCCGGAAGAACAGCAGGCUCCUGCCGCCGCGCCUGACCUCGCUGCCGCCUGACCUGCAGGAGGACAUCCUGCGCAGGCUCGCCGUGGAGGACAUCGCGGCGAUGUACUUCACCUGCACGGGGCUCCGCGACCUCAUCGCCGGCAGCGAGGUGUUGAACAACAAUUUCCAGUGGGGGGAGCUGUGGAUGAACUUCGCAUGGAGCCAGGGUUAUCUACGGCGGUGGCUGCCAUCACCGGCGAGGGUGGUCGUAGGUCGGCGAAGUCAAACAACGUCGUUUGUCGCCGGAGACGGUGAGGAUAGGUGCAGGUGGCGGGAUCCAACAAAGCAGAUGAUAGAGCGUUUCGUGGAGAAGAGGAGUAAGGUUCUCGCAGCCGGCGGGGACGGUGGCCGGCGGCGGCCGGUGAUGGCGGCGCGAGGCCGGAGGAGGGGAGACAAAGGCGCCGCAUCUUCCCGUCAGAAAUGGAUGCAUCGCUGAUUCGUCUACAUUGGCCGCGAAAUGUGAUUUGGUAUAUUGGACUGAAUGACUACCACGACGACAACGUACACGAAAUUUUACGAGAUUUUCUCUGGUCCAACAACAAAAAGUUCCUCAAGGUACCAGCACCUCGAGUUGUGCGGGUAAUUGUUCACAUGUUGCAGUCAGGGAUCGAAAUGUCUGUAAUUUCGGACCACGGUAAGCAACUAUCUCGUCCAUUUUUUUUUCAAAUUUGUGUGAAUUUGUUUAAACUUUGUUCAAAUUAAAAAAAUUGUUAACAUUUCGAAUAAUUUCGUGCCAAAAAGUGCCACAAUCCCCAAGAUUCAUGAGAUUUUGUGACCACCAAAAUUACCAAAAUUUCGGCCUAACCGAAAGUGCAAACACUGGUUGCAGUUGCAGUAGAUGAUAAUGAUUCAAAGCAACACGUUCAUGUUUUAGGAUCUUGUUUAACAAUGUUUAUGUAUACUCCUAAUUAUUUAUUUUACGCAAUAUGAACCAAACCUGUAACUAUACAAGUGAUGAAAAGUCUAUGCUUCAAAAGGGACAAAAUUUCAAUAGUCGUAUGCAUUUAAAUCUCCAAAAGCGGCAAAAUAUUAUAAAAUGUGUACACAUCUUUACAAGCAUCAAAAUUCUAUAUAAUUUUAAUUAAUCGUCUACAUUCCAAUUAAUCAUUGAACAAUGAACAACACAACCCCCGUAAUAAUGUCCUCACAUUUAUCCAUCCUCUGCUCUUUGAAACAAAAGUUUGGAACACUAGAAAACUGAAGAACCGCCAAUGCUCUUGGUAACUCAUCUCACACCUCCGAUAUGUGUGUUAGUGUUGGACUGAAUGACAUCUGAAUAUCUGAUGCCACAGAGACUAUACACGAGUGCCCGCCAACUUGUCCUC